AUGUCCAAACCUCAAUCAUCAAAUACCAACAACAAUAAUAAUACAGAUUUAAAUGCAACUAACAAAACUUCCACAAUUUCCAAAAGAUCCAAAAAUGGAUGUGUCAGUUGUAAGAAUCUUAAAAUCAAAUGUACUGAAGAGAAACCAUUUUGUGAAUAUUGUGUUCACACAGGGAGACAAUGUAUUUAUUUCCAAAAACCAUCAGUUAAGAUUAAAGUAUUUAAGAAAAAAUUGGGUAGACCAAGAAAGAAAUCUAAGGAGUCUGUUGAUUCAGGUGAAACAGUUGAAAGCAGUGAUUCAAAGGAUAAAAUUGAUAUAAGUUCAAGAAGUACAAGUUCUAGUUCAACACCACCAGAUUUACAAUUAAUAAAUUCAAAAUCAAAUAAAAAUUUAAAUUCUCCACAAAUUCAAUUAGAAAUAACACCAUUUCAAUUAAAUUUAUUAAAAUUUUAUUUAGAAUUUGGUGCAGAUUUUUUUACAUUUAAUGUCUUGGAAAAAACUCAUAAUUUUUGGGAAUUUGAAGUACCUCAAUUAUGGUGUCAAUCAGAUUUAAUUAAAAAUUCCAUUUAUAUGUUGAGUAGUGUUAGAUUAUUAGCAAAUUAUGAAGAAUCUUCAUUUCAAAAUAUUCAUAUUGAAUAUGAUGAUAAUUCAAAUUCACAAAUUGUUAAAAAUUCAUCAUCAAUAAGUUCUUCAUCAAGUAUUAAUUUAUACCAACAAGCUAAACAUUAUUUAAACAAGACUUAUGAAUUAAUGAAUAUGUAUCAAACUAUACUUGGUAAUGGAAUAUCAAUUUUCCAUGAAAAUCCCUCAAAUGAUGCAUUCCAAGAUUCUUCAGAUAUUGUGGGACAAAUAUUAAUUUCAAAUCUUUGUUUAACAGUUGCAUGUGGUAUGUUGUCAAAUGAAAGUGUUAAAUACCCAUUGGAUCCAAAAUUAAAAGAUAUUUCACAUUUUAAAAUGUUUGAAAUGAUUCAAAUUUUUAAACAAUUCCAAUUAAUCCUAAAUUUAAAUUAUUCUUCUUUAAAAAACUCAAAAUAUUUAAAUAUGUUUGGUCAUGAUUAUUCUACCCCGAUACAAGAACCAUUCAUUUGGUCAAUCCAUCUUAGGAAUUAUGUUUCUCAAAACCUAGAUCCAUUAGAUUUUUUACAAAUUAGUUGUUUUAAUUUGAUUUCAAGAAUUGAAUCAUGUUGUCAUAAAGCUAUUCAUCAAUCUUAUCCAAUGGCAUUGAUCCAUCCAAUAAGAGAAGUAUUCCUAGAUGAAGAUUUAUUAACAGCAUUCACACAGGGGAAUAAAGUCGUUGUUAAAAUUAUGUAUUAUCUUUGUUCCCUUUUAGGGAUAUUUGAUUUUAAAUUAUCAAAAGGUUGUACAGUUUGGAAUGAAAUUAUUGAAUUUCAUAAGACAAGAUCAUUAUUUGAACAUGAUGGAAAUUUUGAAGAUGAUUGGGAUGAAAAUGUUUAUAAUACUUUGAUGGCAAGAAGAGAAUGUAAAAUUAUUUAUGAUUUUAAUUUGAUUUUCUUUUUGGGGAAACCUGUUGGAGAUUUUAUGAAUGGGAAGAUAAAAUUAAUAAAGAAGGAUUAUCCACCUGUGUUUUUUUAA